AUGUGGAUCAAUAGACCACUCGAGGAACCCACCGUGCCCUUUUCUGAUGCAUCAAACCUGCAUCCCAAGUGUCGCGGCAUCCGGUAUUUUGAUUCCAUGGUAAAUGCGCAAUGCGACAAGGGCGUGAUCUUGGCCAAAAAGUGCUUGGGCAAUGGCCGUCUUCCGGCGCAAGUCCACCAAGAGGAAAAAGCGGAUGGGAACUAA